UGCAGUACGUGAUGCUGAAGCGGAACGAGGAGCUGAUCGCGGCGAAGGUGAGCAAGGAGCACCUGGAGGAGACGCUGCGAGGAGAGAUCCUCUUCCUCAAGGACCAGCUGCACGCCGAGCAGCACGCCAAGGACACGAUAGAGGACACGCUCACGCAGGAGGCUGACACGAUGCGCCAGCAGCUGGGUAUUCAGUCUAGCAUCAAGUCUGAGCUGGAACGGGAGCAGAAGCUGCGCAAAGACAUAGAACAGCAUCUGAACGAAGCAGAGACGACGAAGAAGAACAUACAGGCGAAGGGCAAGCAAGUCAUACAGACCUUACAAGCGCAGCUAGAAGAGCAGUCAGCUAGCAAGGUAGGCUAUCUGCAACCCUGGGGCCCGUUGUCAGUAGCGGGUUCCUGGGGUACGAUGGUGGUUGUGAUGACUCUUGAGGUGCCCACCUGCCUCCAUGUUCAUGGCUUCAUGGAGGGUUCCCAGGCUUUGACUGGCCAUCUAGAUGCAUACGUGCUGAUGUCAUCAAUGAUACUGCGGCACUGCCGACACUGCGGCAAAGUCUUCUGUCACGACUGCACUUCCAAGAUCGUCCACAGUGGGCCGCACCGACGCCAGUCUAAGGUCUGCGACGUCUGCCACACGCUGCUAGUCAAGGACAGCGCCCCCUACUUCAGCACAGAGCCGCCGCCCACGCCGACGUAG